AUGUUUACCAUAACAAGCAGUUGCGAAGAUGUGAAAAAAAACAUUGACAUUUUACAAUCGUUACAUCAAAAUAUUGAUUUGAAGACGAUGCCAUGGAUUAAUCAUAAAAUUGAAAUGAAGAGGCAUAGAAGUGAAAAAGAAAACGUUAUAUCGGAAGCAUUGCAAACUCUCUUUUUGGUAUUGCGAAGUAGCUUAUGUUCGAUAAAUAUUGAAAUGUCAUAA